AAUGGCUAAACACAUCCAGAUUCAGGACCCUGACCCCGGAGGCUUUGCCUAAACCCUCCUCCAUCGUCCUCGUCGCCAGCGGCCAGCGCCCCUGGUCUCACCCAAAUCCGGCCAUGGUGGGCUCGAAUCCGGAGCGGAGCGGAGGGGCGCCGGACAUCUCCGAGCUAUUCUGCCACUACAACUCCCUCUACUUCCGCGAUUCCCUCGGGUCGUGCGCCGUCUCGUGGGCAGAGGACCCACUACCCGAUCGUGAUGUAAGCACGUGUGACUAUUAUCCUGGAGGUGGUGGUUGUAUUAUACUUCUUUCCAAAUCCUUAUGCGAAUGUCAUGAUGAAUCUGAUCUGAAGAAUGCUUUGCUUCAUGAGAUGAUUCAUGCCUAUAUUUGCAUCAAAGACAAUAACAGUGACCACAGUGAUCAUGGUGCAAAAUUUCGGAAACUGAUGAAUAAAAUCAAUUUGAGCUCUGUAGCAGAUCCCCGUCGACCAGUUGGUGGCUACAGCAUAACACUGCUCCAUGAGAUCAGAAAGAAAUACUAUCACUACAAGUGUCAAAGCUGUGGAGAUUUGAUCAAGUCAAUCAUGAUGAAAGUUCCUUCUGGUAAUGACUGCAUUGAGAGAAAAGGUGCCGAUGACCCAUGUCAAAAUUCUAAGUGUCACUGGCACAGACACAAGCAGCAGUGCUCGGGUAGCUAUUGUAGAGUUCAAGAAUCAUUACCUGGAGGUCCAAAAGCGGAAGAAGCACUCACCGAGGGCAAGGCUGACGAAGCUGUCUGCAAAAGUUGGCACUUCACACAUACAUCAGAUCAGGGCAGAAGAAGCAACAAAAAUGAGCGGGAAGAUGCCUCUGCUGGGUUCCUUCAUGUUACUGAUAAUGCAGUUGGCUGUUCAGGACUGGAUUCCUCUUCAAGAGAUAGGUCUAACAAGAAAAUCAAAUUUUCAAAGGAUGUUUGCUGUGACCUUCAAAUGGCAGAAGCUGUUCAUGAGGCACCAAAACGUCCACGAACAGCUGUACUAGAGAACCAAGAGUGCAGCAGACGGAAGAAAAGGAAACAAAGCAAGCUGGAUGGUUCAUACUCGGUAAUAAUUGAGUGGUUGAAUUACUAUUGUUAUAGUGAGUCGGAUGAAGAUGAGGUGCCAUUGGUCAAUAAGCGAACAGAAAGAAGACGACGGCAAAAAAUACAUGAAAUUUCUAUAGCCAGGGAAUCCCGCAAUUAUGUUGAGUCUGGACACUCAACUUCUCACACAGGUGGUUCUUGCUUGCAAGAUCCAGGGGACAACAGCAAACUUGAAAUUGUGCCAGCUUCUCAGCCUGAAGAAAUAUCCUGGCCAAUUCAUUCGGUGGGUAGUAAUGGAGUUGCUGGAAAUCAAGCUGGCCAUGAAUCUGUGUCUUCUCCAUUGGAUUCACCAAUUAGAGGUGAAAUUGUCGACAUUUCAGAUGGUUGAGUGCAAGAGUUUCUUGUUAGUUCAUUAUAACUGAAGCCUGGAUAUAGUACAAUGUUAAUGGUUGUAAAUACCAAUGUUUUAAAUCUCCGGCUAUGGGGUUUAGUAGUAGGAAUAUAAAAUAGCUAAUAGUGGAGCUAAAUGAUGCUGCUUAAAUUGCUAUAGCCGGAGAUUUAAAACCUUGGUUUGUGUUAUGCACCUUUCAACUUCUAGACGGUAGACAUCGCAGACUGCUGAAGCCGUCCUGUGCAGCAUGUGUCUGCCUUUGUACAUGAGUUUUCUUUCCAUUAAUUUAUACCUUUGUAUAUAAGUUCUGUUU